CUCUACUCUCUCGAAUCCUCUCUCCUUCUCCUUCCACUCUCCAUAGAGCUGAAGCUUUAUGAACCACUGGAGAAGGUGUCCUGCCAAAUGAAAAACAUCACAGACUGGGAUUAAAACAGCACGACCAUAAAGCCUCUGAAAGAGUUUUGCAAUGAAUACAAUUAACUCUUUGUUUGGGUGGAUUCUUGCUUUGGGAGUUCUGAUGAUCCCAGUGUUGUGUCAGGAUGAAGAGGGUGUAAUUACAGUAUGCCAAGAGGAAGAUAACGACCUCAGAGUGGACUGCCUUCUGGAGCCCAGACACAACUACCACACAGACUAUGAGUUCUCCAUGUCUAAAGGCCAGAAGGAGAUCAUCAUAAACACCAACAUCUCUGGAAUCAUGCCUGAACCCAAGUUCAGGCACAACACGUUUGUGACAGAGCUUGAGCCAUAUGGAUUCAGGCUGACCAUUAUGAGCUUCACCGUCACUGAGAAUACAACGUUCAUCUGUAAAGUAACCAAGAUCCAGAAGACUCUGUCUGUUGAACUAGCAUCGAGCCCUGCUCUGCCAUCAGUGUGUUUCUGCUGGGUUAUCCUUGGCUCAAUCUUCUGGUUCCUCUGUGCAUCUUACAGCUAUGGGAAGCCUUUUAAAAAUAGUCAGCUAUGCCAUCAUAUUUGCAGAGUAUAAAUAGAGUAUUUCUGUAGAUUUCUCAGCAUAUUUGAGUAUUUUUAGAAAUGCUUUUCGAUCUACAUGCUCUGCCUUUACUGUAAAGUAAGUAGGCUACCGGUUGCUGCCUCUAUGAAGGUAUUUGUUUACUUUAUGCUUUAUUACUUGUCUAGCCAAAGCACAAAUGAAGACAUGUUGUGUGUGCAAUAAGUUAAAGGAUUUUUAAGAUUCUUGACUGCUAUUAAAAUUGUUGAUGAAGUUGUGUCGAGCAAUUGUACUGCAACAGUGCCAUAAUGCUUUCAAUGAAAUGCACCAUUAACAUCUUGGGUCAUUAGUGUGUAGAUAAAUAAAUAAAUCCCAUAAUUUAUUGGCUUAAUUAUGGUUUUCCCAGCACUUUGAACAUAAUUAUAAACUCAUUUUUCCCUCACAGUUCACUUGUUUAAUUUUGCACAGUUGC